UACCAUGAAAAAAUUAAUAUUAAAAUAUUAGUCAAAUUUCAUGUCAUUGGACUCUCGAGAAGUAAAACAUAACAGAUGAUUUGGGACGGGAGAAGUGAAACAUGACAGAUGAUUUGGGACGGGGAGAGUACUUGUAUUCAAAUAUACAAGCUAUUGGUGGCUUUAGAUGACAACUCAAAACAAUAUAAUUCUCAUUAGAAAUGUCAGUCAUGAGUUCCAGCGAGCUUCUCCAAGCUCAAGCUCAAACCUGGAACCAUAUUUUCGACUUCACAAAUUCUUCAGCAGUAAGAUGUGCAGUUCAACUGGGCAUCCCUGAUGUCCUCUACAAACAUGGUAAGCCAAUGUGUUUGUCUGACCUCUUAUCUCAACUUCCCCUCCAUCCUUCGAAAGUUUCCUCCAUGCCAAUUUUAUUGCGGCUUUUAGUUCAUUCUGGUUUCCUAAAUCAACAUGAAAAAGAUCAUUACUAUUAUUCUCUUACCCCAGCUAGUCGCCUUCUUGUGAGGAAUGAGCCCUUGAAUAUUAGGUCACUCUUGCUUAUCAACCAUGAACCAUUCCUUCAAAAAGCAUGGUUUGAGUUAAGUAGUUGGUUCCAAAAUGAUUUCCCUACUGCUUUUCAUACUGCUCAUGGCAAAUCCUUCUGGGAUUAUUUCACGGAAAAACCAAGACAAGGAAGUGACUUCAAUGAUGCAAUGGCUAGUGAUUCAAGAUUGAUAGCUGAUGUUUUUGUUAAGGAGUGUAAACAUGUAUUUGAGGGGUUGGAGUCGUUGGUGGACGUAGGAGGUGGAACUGGCACUGUAGCAACAGUCAUAGCCAAAGCUAACCCUACCAUAAAAUGCAUUGUAUUUGAUCUCCCUCGUGUUGUAGCCGAUCUCAAGGGAAGUGGGAACUUGGAGUUUGUAGGAGGAAGUAUGUUUGAUGAGAUUCCUCAUGUUAAUGCAAUAUUACUCAAGUGUAUUUUGCAUGACUGGAGCGACGAAGAUUGUGUGAAGAUACUGAAGAAAUGCAAAGAGUCAAUUCCAAGUAGGGAUAAAGGAGGGAAAGUGAUAAUUAUAGACAUUGUGAUGGAGGAUCCGACGCAAAGCGACGAGUUUGUUCGAGCACAACAUUCCAUGGACUUGCUGAUGAUGAUUCUUUUUGCUGCCAAAGAGAGAACUAAGAAGGAAUGGCAGAAGCUCUUCACUGAAGCUGGUUUCACUGAAUGUAAAAUAACUCCCUCUCUUGGCUUAAGAUCUCUCAUUGAAAUCUAUCCUUAGCCUGAAGCAGUCUUGACUACAAAUCGUAAUUUAUUACGUUAAAUCUUACUACUGCUAGUGCUUAUUUUUUUA